ACACUGUGAUUCCAGCCCAGCUUCAUGAUGUUUGUCUUGGCUGCAGAGACUCCUCUUGACCUCCACGCGCCGUCUUUGAUGGGCUGUGACGGGUCCUCAGACGGAGAUCAGACCAGAUCACAGUCAAUGGGAAGAAUCCGUGAUUAUCAGGUGUGAUUGAGCGUCUACAAUGGAAAACUCCACUGACGACUACAGGAUCCAGUCAUUUGACCUGGACACUCAGAUGUUGCUGAAAACAGCCCUGAAAGAUCCCAGUGCAGUGAACCUGGACAAAGUUUCCGACAUCAUCGUGGACCAGUCUCUGAAGGACCAGGUGUUCAGUAAAGAGGCCGGACGCAUCUGCUACACCAUCGUGCAGGCUGAGGCCAAGCAAAACAACGGAAUCGUGUUCAGGAGAAACUUGCUGAACCGACUCCAGCAGGAGUUCAAGGCCCGCGAGGAGACCAGGGGGCGCUCGUUGCAGGAGUGGGUGUGCUACGUCACGUUCAUCUGCAACGUCUUCGAUUACCUCAAAGUGAACAACAUGCCGAUGGUGGCCCUGGUCCAUCCUGUGUAUGACUGCCUGAUGAGGCUUUCCCAACCUGAUGCUCUAAUGAAUGAGGAAGAGGUGGACUGCCUGGUAGUGCAGCUGCAUCGCAUCGGAGAACAGCUGGAGAAGGUGAACAACCUGCGGAUGGACGAGCUUUUCUUCCUGCUGCGGGACGGCUUCCUGCUGCAGGAGGGCCUCACCUCCAUGACCCGUCUGCUACUGCUGGAGAUCCUGGAGUUCAGGGCCGGGGGUUGGUUGCUCAGCGGCACUGCCCACAAGUAUUACUACAGCGAAAUCGCAGACUAGGGCAGUUGCAAGUGUGUGGGGUCGCCGAGCAGCUUUUUUGCAGCUGCGUUGGAAAAACCUUCAAGCACCUUGGAUACCUUCGCGCUCGCCACCGAGCGCAAAACCAGCAAUUUCAUGACCAGCGGCGACACCUGCCAAGUAUUCAACGGAGGGCUCGUGAAGAUGGCGGCUCAUGAAGUGUAAAAAGACUUUGAUUUUGCUGGAGUGUUCCCUGCGUUUGAUGAUAUUACUGAGACGUGCCGUGGAUGUGGAACGUGCAAUAGUUCACAGGGAGCUGAAAUUCAGUUAACGAGGUUUAGCCACAUUCGGGUACACUUUGUUCUAAAGUUUGGAGAAAUGUUUUAUGUUGUUAAUUUUAUUUUUCUGGCAUUCCUGUUUUGAGAAAACAUUUCAGCUUAUUUUUUACCAAAUUUGAAGGACAUUCCAGUCAGAUACAAGCUGAUAUGGUCUUUGCUUUACAUUCUGUUGUUGUGUGACCAAUGUUUUAAUCGGUUGAAAAGAAAUAUUUUAAUUAUGUAGUGAAAAUCUUUAUAGUGCAGAGUUGAAUUUGACAAGAGUCUUGAUUUGCAGUUUAGUGGAAGUUUCGGUCAAACUUGUCCUGUAGGAUUUCUGUUACAGUUUCUCUGCCACUCUGUGAAGUUCAGAUGAAACAUGUCUUAAUUCAGGGAUUUUAUUUUUCUUAUAUUUCUUAAAACUUAACUUAUAGAUAAGAGAAUCGUUCCAUUUCAUAUAUAAAAACGGAUAAAAAAAAGUUUGACAUUUAAUUGAUUUCUGGAUUCACAAGUUUUGUUUGUUUAACAAGUCGUGCCAAUUCAACACUCAGUAACCGACGCUCUUAAUGUUGUAGUCAAGGUGCUAGUUGAGUAGCUAUUUUCCUUCCUUCAUAUAUUCACAGGUAUACAAAAUAUUGCAUUUGAAUUCAGGUUCCACCAGCACUGAUGACGAUAUGUAGCUGAACUCGAGUUUUUAUGUUGGAGUCUGCCGUUACCUUGGUUUAUUGUUCUCAGUAGCGGCGCCGAUAUCCUCAACCAAAGCUGUGCCUUGGAAUCAGACAGACACAAGCAUACGACUCAUGUCACGUGGUUCAAAUAUUACCGCAGUUAUUUUGCAAACCUGUUUGUGUAAAAGUACAUAAAGCUUAACAUAAAAUUUACUUUAACAGCAUGUGGACCAAUCUAACAAGUGUGAAUUCCCAGAAAGAAUCCUCAAUGUUAAAAAAAAAAAAUUAUGUGAAACAUUAACUGUGUUAAGUCCAAAUUGACAGGAUUUAGGACAUUUUGUAGAAUAUCGCCCAGAAUCUUUUCUCUCUAGUAGAGUUUGAUGAUUUAGACAUAAACUUUGGUAUUUGUCACUACAAUCAGACUGAAUGUUUAAUAGACAUGAUUAAAGUAGAAAAUACCAGGUUACAUGCUGUAGACAAUUAAAGUCCCUGAAUGGCAGGGCACAGACCUGACUGCAAUAUACUGUAUGUUUCUAUAUUUUAUUACAGCGUUGCAGCAUUUUUACUUCACUUUAUGGUUGAGUUGUACAUUGAAUGCAAAUUUAUUUGUUCUAAUAAAUCUCUGGAAGUUGUUCCUCAAAUCA